ACGCCCCUCGAGGCGCCUGACGCUGAAUCGCAGCCCCUUCUCAUUUGCAGCCCCGCAGAUCUCCAUUUUCUUCUUUCCCGAUAUUCAGGAGCAGAAGAGUAAAGAUUUGGAAAAAUGAAUGAAGAAUACGACGUUAUCGUUCUGGGCACCGGACUUACGGAAUGCAUUUUAUCAGGCAUCAUGUCCGUGAAGGGGAAGAAGGUUCUGCACAUGGACCGCAACUCCUACUACGGAGCAGAGAGUGCCUCCAUCACACCUCUUGAAGAUCUCUACAAGCGCUUCAGCCUCCCUGGCAAACCUCCGGAGUCAAUGGGAAAAGGCCGGGAUUGGAAUGUGGACCUCAUCCCUAAAUUCCUUAUGGCCAACGGUCAGCUGGUCCGCAUGCUGCUGAUCACACAGGUGACUCGCUACCUGGAUUUCAAAGUGAUUGAGGGCAGCUUUGUGUACAAGGCGAGCAAAAUCCAUAAAGUCCCCUCCACUGAGACUGAGGCUCUGGCAUCUGGUCUGAUGGGGUUGUUUGAGAAACGGCGCUUCAGAAACUUCCUGAUCUUCGUCUCGAACUUUGACGAGAACGACCCCAAAACCAUGGAAGGCGUUGACCCCAAAAAUACGACCAUGAGGGACAUUUUCCGAAAGUUUAACCUGGGCCAGGACGUCAUGGACUUCACCGGCCACUCCCUUGCCCUCUACCGCACAGAUGAUUACCUGGAUCAACCUUGCAUUGAAACCAUAAACAGGAUAAAGCUAUACAGCGAGUCUCUGGCCAGAUAUGGCAAGAGCCCAUACCUCUACCCACUGUAUGGCCUGGGAGAACUGCCGCAAGGGUUUGCCAGGCUGAGUGCUAUCUAUGGUGGGACAUAUAUGUUGAACAAGCCCAUAGAUGAGAUCGUGGUGGAGAAUGGGAAGGUGGUGGGAGUCAAGUCUGAGGGAGAGAUUGCCAGGUGCAAGCAGCUGAUCUGUGACCCCAGCUACGCUAUGGAUCGUGCCACCAAAGUGGGUCAGGUGAUCAGAGUCAUCUGCAUCUUGAGUCACCCCGUCGGCAACACCGGCAACAUCAACUCCUGCCAGAUCAUCAUCCCCCAGAAUCAGGUCAACAGGAAGCAUGACAUCUACGUUUGUAUGAUCUCCUCUGCUCACAACGUGGCAGCACAGGGUAAAUACAUCGCCAUCGCCAGCACCACAGUGGAGACGAACGACCCUGAGAAAGAGAUCAAGCCGGCCCUGGACCUACUGGAGCCCAUCGAGCAGAAGUUUGUCAGCAUUAGUGACCAGUAUGCACCCACUGACUUGGGCACUGAGAGCCAGAUUUUCAUCUCCCGUUCAUAUGACGCCACAACUCACUUUGAGACCACCUGUGACGACAUCAAAGACAUCUACCGAAGGAUGACGGGCUCAGACUUUGACUUUGCCGAGAUGGAGCGCAAGAAGCAGGACAUCUUCGGUGACGCCGCAGAGUAGAGGCGAAUUAUCGGCAACACUCCUGAUCAUCAAAGACAACGCUGCCGACAACUGAAAUCUUACAAAAAAUAGAAAACCUACACAAAAAUGUACACACCAAUGGGCUGGCUGAUUAUCCAAGUCAAUGCUUUGCCCAUUGAGGAAGUUCAUGAUAUAUAGAGAGAUAUGAUAUAGUAUUGUUGGAUAGGGUUCAGGGAGGGAGCUUUGCUUUGCUUUUAUGGAUGUUGCACUAAACACUGGUUAUGCCUAAUAUACAGUAAUACCCUACAUUCUUCUGCUUCAUCAUGUUGAGAUGAUGCAUAGUCCAAAGAUGCCAAAUCAAAUAAUUAAUAAUCAAUAGUUGCUUACGGGGGUCCAUGUAAUUUUAUAAAAGGCAUCUGGAAGAUUCAAAUAUCUACACAUCAGCUGUUUUGUCUCUGCAGGUAUUUCUGUCAUGUCAGUGGCUUGGCUUUGUAGGUCUGAAUUCAAUCAUGUAAGUAGCUGAGUGUUCCUGGCAGGGUGUGGCAGCCGUGUGAGGUGGCACCUCAGCCGUCUUCUUAUAUUGUCAGAUUUUGUAAAAUUACAGUGGUUAAAGGGUGCAGGCUUGAUAUUUUUGUGUCUUUUGAACCCCUUUCUUGUCUAAUCUCCAGUACAGCCCGGCACAUACUGUAAGCCAAGCCACAAGGGCGACUGUAGUCCAGCGUAAACUACCUGAACCUGUUUUCAACAGCCUGAGUUACUAUAACGCAUCAGAGGAGAUAUACUAGUUCCUGUAUUAUGCAAAGUGAUGGACGACCCGAGCAUUAACAGCAGAUUGAUGGGAAGUGUGGUUGACUGUAAUUGCUAAAGAAGGACCAAAUGUGUACUGCGGCAGUACUGAAUUGAUGAGAGCCCUGUGAUAUCUUCUGUUUUGAACAACUUUUAAAAACAUCUUGGACUCAAAUGAUUUCUGUACUGCAAAGUAAAAACAACUGUCAAAACCAAA